AUGGAGGCUAAAACUGCCACUUUUAGGCGGCUGUAUGAAGAAUUGGGGGGUAAAGGUAGGGAAAAGAAGUUAUUCGAGCUGGCUAAAGCGAGAGAGAGGAAGGAUCGUGAUCUAUAUCAAGUGAGGUGCAUCAAAGACGAGGAAGGUCGGGUAUUGAUAGAAGAGGCCCAGAUUAAGCAGAUGUGGCAGUCAUACUUUCAUAGACUUCUGAAUAAAGAGGGGGAUAAAAACAUUGUGUUAGGGGAGAUGGGGCACUCCGAGAGUCAGCAAGACUUUAGGUACUAUAGGCGUAUUAAAGUGGAUGAGGUCGUGGAAGCAAUGCGUAAGAUGAGUCGGGGCAAAGUGAUCGGACUAGAUGAGAUUCAAGUUGAAUUGUGGAGGUAUGUGGGUAAAGCAGGUUUGGAGUGGCUGACUGAGCUGUUUAAUGUUAUUUUCAAGACGAAGAGGAUGUCAGAUGAGUGGAUGUGCAGUACGAUAAUUCCGUUGUACAAAAACAAAGGGGAUAUCCAGAAUUAUAACAACUACAGGGAAGAUAUCCAUCUUAUCAGGAGGUUGGUAGAACAAUACAGAGAUAGGAAGAGGGAUCUGUACAUGGUGUUCAUUAAUCUAGAGAAGGUGUAUGACAAGGUCCCUAGGAACGUUCUUUGGAGAUACCUGGAGGUGAAAGGUGUGCCGGUAGCUUAUAUUAGGGCGAUAAAGGAUUUAUAUGAUGGAUCUAAGACUCGGGUUAGGACUAUGGGAGGCACAAAGAGAGGUAGAGGGCGGCCUAAGAAAUAUUGGGGCGAAGUGAUAAGGCAAGACAUGUCGCAACUUCAGAUUUCCAAUGACAUGGCCCUGGAUAUGGAGGUGUAG